AUGCGGAGCCUCGAAGAUAACCGAAUUCCCACCUGUGUGCCUGCCAGUACUGAAAGUACCUACACACUUUGGAACAAGUUCAAAGUUGACCCCGCGUGUGACUUUCCCGGACAUCCGCCCAAAGUGAUUUUGACAUCGGGAACCCUCUCGCCACAUAUCCCUCUAGGAUCUCGUCUACAACUGCAAACACACUACACAUUCACAACAAUGUCUCUCAAACGAAUCAAUAAAGAACUUGUCGAUUUGGGUAAGGAUCCCCCAGCUAAUUGCUCUGCAGGACCAGUUGGAGAUGAUAUGUUCCAUUGGCAAGCCACGAUCAUGGGACCAGAUGACUCCCCGUAUGCAGGAGGGGUUUUCUUCUUGGACAUUCACUUUCCCGCCGAUUAUCCAUUCAAGCCUCCCAAGGUUCACUUCACCACUCGUAUUUACCACUGCAACAUCAACUCGAAUGGAGGUAUCUGCUUGGAUAUUUUGAAGGAUCAAUGGAGCCCUGCUUUGACCAUUAGCAAAGUGCUUCUAUCAAUCUGUUCCCUUCUCACUGACCCCAACCCAGAUGAUCCAUUGGUGCCAGACAUUGCCCAACUCCUAAAGUCGGACCGGGCUAGACACGACAGUACCGCACGGGAAUGGACGUCCAAAUACGCAAUGUAA